AGUUGCCGUAGGAGGGAACAUCCUUGAACUUACUGAAAAAGACAUCAGCGACAAAAGCAUUAUAAAGUGACACCAUGUUUGGAAUCUUGUUGAAAGGUUUAGUCCUUGUAACUUUAGCCAAACGUUAUGUUGCCCAGGACCUAGAAGAGAAAAACAAUACAAAAACGGAGAUCAAGCCUUGUUGUGUGGAAGGUGUGAUGAAAUUCGACUUGAGUUCCGAGUCUCCCAAGUUGCCAUUGAGCAUCGACAAAGUCGAGGUCGUUUAUGAUAGGACAACUCGAGCUCGCCAAAGUCGAAGUUGUAAUCGUGAGGUAAUCCUCAGGGCUAACUUUGAAAAGACUGACUGUGGCUGUCGUGUGCCUCCAGAAUGCGGCCGGAAGAUGUUAAGAAUUGACAUGGAGAUAAGCUACAGUCGGGGUUUUUAUUUAUUCGCAAUGGGGGACAGCGUUUCGAAUGAUGGAUGGGGUGGUGACAGCGGUAACCAGCAGAACGAUGCCGAGUUUUUUGGUGUCAACGACUACUUCUUCUUGUUCAAGGGAGAUAAAUGUCUGACAAAUUCAAGUUAUGCGACGCUGUUCGCUGGUACAUUGACACCAGGCGUGUUUAACUACGUCACGGUUUUUAUCAGUAACGAACAUAUCCGAAUCAUCAAUAACUAUGGAGUAGUAGACGAGCAAGUCUGUCAUCAGUGUCUGUACGCCCUGGCUGGCCAGUCCGAUUCUGAGGGAUCGGUGAACGAAGAUCUCUAUAUAUCGUUCAACCGGAUGAUACGCGUGAGCUCGGGACGAGUAGGAUAUGGUGUGUGUUCUGCAACUGUCCAAUGGGUUUGCCCAUAUACAUUUGACAACUGAUUUCACUCCGAUACUGUACAUUAUUAUUGUUUCUUUAUUUCGUACAGCUGUCUAAAUCCCGAAAAUAUAUAUUUCGUUUGGGGUUUUAUUUUGUCUUUCCUUUUUUGGCGUCGACACACCUCCUUUUGCUUUCAAGUUUAAUCUAUUUGUCUUUUCCUUAUUGCAUUAGCACAGCUUGAUGUAUAUUUAUCGACUUUACCCAAAUAGAUAACGUUUUAUUUCAGUCUUGAUUAUAUAUUCUUCAUAUUUUGUUUUUGUGUGGUCUUUCGUAAUUUUUAUCCUACCAUGACAUUACAAAUUCUUUGUAUUUUGACGUUUCCGGUUUUAUACACCCUUCCCCUAUUCUUCUUAUGGUUUGCAGGUGCAGUAAAUUAUGAAGAAUUUUUCGAUAUUUUGUUUGGACUGCACUGAAAGAUGUGGAUGUGCUUUGUUUUUCUUUUUGUUAAGUUGUAUAGUAGUUAAGAUAAAGGAGAGUACAAAUAUCGGUGCAUGAUUUGAUGUUAUAAAUUAUAUUUUUUGUUGGUAACUUAUUUGUCGAGACAAUUCUCUACCAGGUAAGAUGUACUCUAGAAUAUUUAUAUAUAUUUGUUUUCUUUAAAAAUAAAAAAGAAUUAGUAUUUCAUUUCAUAUCGGUUUACACAGACAAAAUGGGCGAUAUAGUUACAAGCUCGAUCGGUAUUUGUUCUUGAUUAGACUACAUAAAGCAUAGUUGUAUUUGAUUUGUUUACCAUAUAUAUACAGAUGUAUAGACAGAACCUCUUUAUCAAUAUAUUAGUAAGUUCAGAUCAAAGCCGUCUCUUGAGAAUGUCUCAGCAUAAUACAACCCAACUAUGAUAUACCGUGUCAACAAUUUACUUAUGAUCAGCUCGGGUCAAAAAUUGUCUUUCAACAAUGUAUGUCAACUUGGCAGUAGAUCAAUCCAAAAAUUACAUUAUCAAAGCAUAAAAGGUAUGUAUUCACUGCUAGUUGCCUUUGUAAUUAUGUUUGAUUGAAUCAUGCCUAACUGAUAUACGGUCUAACCUGUCUUUGUCACCCUCUCACGUCAGGUAAUGUAUUAUAAAGUUAAAAGUGACACAAAAACUGCAUUUGGAAGCUUUGGAGUUGUCUAUUAACACAGGUGGUCUCUCCGAACGGGUUUAAUGCUUUUAGAAGUAUUUAACUUACAUGUGCUACUUACAUACUUUUACCUAGUUUACACGGAAUGUAGUUAUAUAUAGCAAGUACAAUUGUACACUCACUAUAAUGUAGUUAUAUAUAUAGCAAGUACAAUUGUACACUCACUAAUGUACACGGAAUGUUUAAUAAACUGCUGAUGUCACUAAGGGUUGUUUGUUUUUU